GGCGCGACGCUCCUCCGCGCUCCCGCCUCCUGGUCGGAGACCCUCGGCCCGCCUCGCGGACGCUCCACCUGCGCGGCGGCUUCCCGCUCCCCCACCCCGGUCUGCGCCGGCGCGGUACCAAGGCGCGCGGGGGAGCUGCGAGGCGCAUGCGCGGUGCGGAGCCCUCCGCUCUGCUGCUGUCGCUGCCGCUGCCUCUGCCGUCGCAGCCGUUGCCGUUACCGUCUCCCUGCCGGCAAGUGUGUGAAGAAGGAGCUAAGGGUCGCCGCCGCUGCCGCCGCCGCUAUGGGGGAGAAUCCCCCUUUGCUGCUCCUCUGCUGCGAGCUGCUGACUGCCUGCAACUUCGUCUUGCUGACCACGUGUCACCUCUGUCCUGAGAGAAAGUCAAGCAAAGCCAAGGAGAAGAAGCAGAAGCGGUUGGAGGAGCGAGCAGCCAUGGAUGCCGUUUGUGCCAAAGUGGACGCUGCCAACAGGCUCGGAGACCCUCUGGAAGCUUUCCCAGUGUUCAAGAAAUAUGAUAGAAAUGGGUUGAAUGUCUCCAUUGAAUGUAAGCGAGUGUCUGGACUAGACCCUGCCACCGUGGACUGGGCCUUCGACCUGACCAAAAUGAAUAUGCAAACCAUGUAUGAGCAGAGCGAGUGGGGCUGGAAGGACCGAGAGAAACGGGAGGAAAUGACAGAUGACCGAGCCUGGUACCUCAUUGCUUGGGAAAACAGUUCCGUCCCUGUUGCCUUUUCUCACUUCCGGUUUGACGUGGAGUGCGGGGAUGAAGUCCUGUACUGCUAUGAAGUGCAGUUGGAAAGCAAGGUGCGGCGGAAAGGCCUGGGGAAGUUCCUCAUACAGAUCCUGCAGCUCAUGGCCAACAGCACACAGAUGAAGAAGGUUAUGUUAACAGUAUUUAAACACAAUCAUGGCGCCUACCAGUUCUUCAGAGAAGCGUUGCAAUUUGAAAUUGAUGACUCUUCCCCCAGCAUGUCCGGUUGCUGUGGGGAGGAUUGCUCCUAUGAGAUCCUGAGCCGGAGGACCAAGUUUGGGGACAGCCAACACUCCCACGCGGGUGGGCACUGUGGUGGCUGCUGCCACUGAACUCUCAGAGCCACUUGCAAGUCACAGUGCUCUCUCCUAAGGCCUUUCCUCUUUCCUGGUCUCACCGUUUGCCAGGUGCCCUCAGAGCUGUAGCCUCCCCAGCCCUGCAUGUGCCAGGCUGCAGCCUGAGAGCACAGAAUCCUGGAGAGAAGUGGUAUGAGCUGCUGCUCCUCCUCUCCUAGGAGACCAGAGUGCCAGGAGGGAAUGAAGGGGAGAGGGAGGAGUGGGUGGGCCUGACUGUGAAGCUCAUCCUCCACGGCGGCUGCCUCCUCACUUGGCUCCUGGGCCCUGCAGUGGAAGUUCUCCCACCACUGCAGCCCCUAGAUUCCUGGCACCGUCCCUGCUCCCAUACACACACACUUGGACAAAUGGAAUGUUUAUGCCCACCUUUAUGAAAGUUCUGGAGUCCUGGGUCUAGGGUUUGCUGAUCCCCAAAGAGGAACACACUGGUUAUAAGAUCUGGGCAUACAGGGAGGCUUCAGAGAGACUCACGCUUUCACAGAUGGAAUGCUCCUAUGGAGACCAUGGGAAGAUCUUUUGUGCCAAGACGCAGGGAAGUGAAGAAAGCUCUUUCCAGCUGUUUUUAUGGAUUCACGGAGUGGGCUCAUGUUGGGACCAGCUGACUCGAGGAAGACUGCUUCUCUCCAUCGCUGUCAGUGAGAGAGCCUGAAAGGACCAGGAAUGAGGUGUUCUGUGGGGCCCGCUGUGGGGAUGAUCUUCUCUAGGCUCCUGGACUUGGCUGCAUUCUGAGCUUAACCUCCGGCUGCUUUCUGAGCUUAACCUCCUGGUCUCAUGUCAGUCACUUGAGCUUUUGAUUCAUAGAAGAAAGCCAGAGGUUCUGCUUGUUCAUGUCUGCCAGCCCUCACCGUUAUUUCUCCUCUGCCUCUCGCCUCUACCCUAGAUACCUCUGUUCUUAGUCUUAAGGGGAGAAUAACAUCAGGGAGCCCCUUGUCAUUCCCAGAAGGACUUCUCUUUCCUCCAAUAGUUAACUCCAUUUCUUGUCUUCUCUUGGUGCUGAUCGCUCUCUAAGGGUAGGGCAUCCCUCCCUGUGGCCACUCGCCCUCUUCAGAGAGCCCCCAGCCAGCAGCAGGCCCCUCUGCCUGCACUCCUCAGCCUUGCCCCUCACUGCCUCAGUGAGGCACUAGUGCCACUGCCAUGGCCUAGCCGGGCCAUAGCUCAGCUGCAGCAGGAAUGCCUCUCAGUGGCCAAAACAGCUGCUUUUGUCUCUGGUGUUACCCUGUGGCAACAGGCUGGAGCAGGGGAAGGAGAAAGCCUUCUCUUCUCUUACAGAAUAGAGAGGAUGCAGGCUCAGAGCUAAUGCUCAUCCUGAUCUCCAGGCCUUGUUCCUCUUCCAGGAAAGAAAAACCAAAUCCUGGCCGGGCGCAGUGGCUCACGCCUGUAAUCCCAGCACUUUGGGAGGCCGAGGUGGGCGGAUCACGAGGUCAAGGGAUCGAGACUAUCCUGGCCAACAUGGUGAAACCCCAUCUCUACUAAAAGUACAAAAAAUUAGCCGGGCAUGGUGGUGCAUGCCUGUUGUCCCAGCUACUCGGGAGGCUGAGGCAGGAGAAUUGCUUGAAACCGGAAAACGGAAGUUGCAGUGAGCCAGGAUCGUGCCACUGCACUCCAGCCUGGCAACAGAGCAAGACUCUGUCUCAAAAAAAAAAAAAAAAAAAAAAACAAAUCCUUAUCCAGGAAAAAGCACCUAGCAGCUCCCCUUGGACAUCCCUGAGCUCUGCUUUGGGGAGUAUCAUAAAGGUUCUAGCCUUCGUGAAGUUGCUCCUGUGGAGGUCUGUUGGUCCCUCUGACCUCAGCAUCUGCUCACACCCGACCCUAUGCCCGACUCCGGCAGUCUGUCCUGGCAGAUCUCCUAAGUGGUCCUUGCUUCGCACAGGAGCCUCUGUGCACAGGGCCUCCCUCACCCAGCCUGGCCCUUCUGCUGAGCACUCUGCGCUGCUCUUGAUUGGCAGCAGUGGGACUGGGCACUCCUAAGAGAGUUGCCUUGUGGCAUUACACUGGAAUAAGUCUGCCUCUGCCUCACCCUGCUGGCUCCUGGGGCUUUCACCCCAGGGAGAGUUGACAUUGCUGGAGGGUUUGGUGGAUUCCUAAGAACCAUGAAAUCACAGGAGCAUGUUUAGGAAGACAUUUUUCUCUGGUCCCUGUCUCACAAAGGACACAUAUGAUUAAAUAUUUAUUGUCUUAGAUCAUGGAUUCCUGAUCCUUCUCCCUCAGGGGGAUCGAAAGGAACCCUCUGUAGUCAUCCCAUGUAAGGUGAGUUCGGUGUACAUUGUCUCUUUCCAGUCACUGGAUGCAUGGCACCAGCUGGACAAUGGUGCUUGGUGCCAUGCCUUGCUUACCUCAGUCUCUGCAAGCCAUGUCCCAAGGCUUCCUCAGGAGAUCGGGGCUGGGGUGGGAGAGGCACUGAGACCCGCAAUCACCCUUGGUGUUGAGCCUAUUCGUUUCCAAAACAUCUGUCUUUUCUCCAGUUCCCCUAGGUCUUGGUUUUGAGAAACAGCAGGCAUGGCUGGUCGCGGUGGCUCACGCCUGUAAUCCCAGAACUUUGGGGAGUCUGAGGCAGGUGGAUCACCUGAGGUCAGGAGUUCAAGACCAGCCUGGUCAACAUGGCAAAAUCCCAUCUCUACUAAAAAUACAAAAAUUAGCUGGUUGUGGUGGUGGACGCCUAUAAUCUCAGCUUCUUGGGAGGCUGAGGCAGGAGAACCACCUGAACCUGAGAGGCAGAGGUGGCGGUGAGCCAAAAUCACACCAUUGCUAUCCAGCCUGACAGUGAGACUUUGUCUCAAAAAACAACAAAGAGAAACGUAACAGCCGUUUUGUACCAGGCUUUUUGUUGUUGUUUUUUGUUUGGAGCAUGUUAAGAUACUUUUUUAAGAUUUUUAAAUUUUGUUAUAUCCAUCCUAAUUUUUGUUGAUGACAAAUGUGUAUAGGACAUGUAAAUGGUUCUUUUUAACCCCUUCUGUUUUUUUUUAAGAGGAAAUUUUUUUUCCCUUUAGCAGCUUGUUAUCACUGGAAUCAAAGGGAAAAAGUGAUCUCUUUUUGCAUUGCUUGUAUUUGUACGUCACAAAUAAAAGACACUUUGUUCA